AUGGGACCAUUACUGUUAUUACUCCUAUUAACCUACAAAGCCUACUGUGUCACAGAGUGUCCCCGAGAAUGUGAAUGCGACGCAAUUCCACCGCAUAAUGCAUCCUGGGCUGUCUACUGCCAUCGUGGCGGUAUUAACGACACACUCUUUGCUGAUAUUUUGAAUCGACUUCCGCCUACGUUAAAGGUUUUGGACGUCCAGACUGCAAGUUGGCGUCCAGCGAACAAGUUCAAAUGGAGCGAUAAUUUGAACAGAUUUAGCCAGUUGAAGCAACUUCGUCUGGUAAGGUGUGGUAUUCCUGCAAUGAGUAGGAGUACUCGUUUACCUUCCCUGGAGCUGCUCGACCUUCAUGGGAAUGAAAUCGAACAUGCCACCAUGGGAAAUUUCGGUGGUAUGCCCAAUUUGCGUUUUCUUGACUUGAGCCAUAACCACCUCAGUAUUCUGCCCACUGGUGUCUUCACAUUCCUCCACAACCUCAAAUCCUUAUCGCUCUCCAACAACACCAUCACUGAACUAUCAGCAAACCUCUUGCGAGGGCUUCGAACUCUCAAAUCCUUACGACUCGAUGGAAAUCGCAUUCCUAUCAAACAAAUCAACGAUCUUUUUGCUGAUGUACCCCAACUCGACGAAUUGCAUUUGAAUGACUGUCGCCUUAGCAGUAUUGCCAAUCUGUCACUGAACGAUGUGGCACAAUUACGUCAUCUUGGACUGGCUAAUAACAAUCUGCGCACGAUACCCACUCGAGAGUUAGGACAACUGGCACAUUUGGCUGUGCUUGACCUUAGCGGGAAUAGCCUAAGCGAAGUGGGCGCUUGUGCAUUCUGCUCCAAUAAUAUUUCUAGGCUAGAUUUGUCACAUAACCGAUUGGGACUGGUCAAGCAGCCUUUCCAUGCUGAUGCUUUUCGAAAUAUUCCACUAGUAGAACUGGAUAUUUCAUUCAAUCACUUAGACGAGUUCCAUUCGAGCUCUCUUGGAUGGGCUCAGGACAGUAUCCGAACGCUUAGUGUUGCUGGUAAUUCGCUUGGAGGAUUCAUUCCCGAUAUUACGGCUACACUACCGAAUUUGCACAGCUUAAACAUGGCGUACAACAACAUCGAUCGAAUUCCUCUUACAUUUCCACCGCAAUACUAUCAUCUAGUAUUCCUUAAUCUCUCUGGAAACGCCUUGAGUUUUCUUCCUGAUAAUCUGCCAUAUUUACUACCGAAUUUGAAGGUGAGCGUAUAG